AACUUUCUUCCAAAUAGUUUCGGCUCAAAGGGCGAGCACAUCAUUGUGCACGCCCUAGAAGCCAUGUUUCACACAUCCACCAUUCCUCUUGACGCUAUUCGGCCGCUCGACGUCAAAAAGUUCACUCAUGCUUUCCUGGUUCCAUAUGUUGCUACUCGUGCAAUUGCCCAUCAACUCAAUGUCAGUAUCGCAGAGGCUCACACGAUCCUGUUGAAAAGCAGAGAGGCUGGGAUUUGGCUACAUCCUGCACUAGACUCGGACGAAGAACUGGACCAGAUCUGCAGGUCGAACAUUCAGCGGUCCAAGUCAAACACAAUUGUCAUCCGUCACAAGGAAGCUCAAGAU